UCCGAGACGGGCUCUGCCAUCACAGCGAUGCACCUCCAUGGGGCCACUUAUACAACCGGUCGCGGUGGAGUUGCCAGCAGAAUAGGACUAUCUUGCCAAUUCCACCUUUUGUUUCUCAUUGUAACGAACCCUUGCGUCUCACAUCUUUUUCCUCCUUCGCAAAAAUACCCCCAACACCAUCGUACAAGAUGGGACUUCGAAUUGCUCUCGGUGGCGAUGACGCUGGCUUCGACUACAAGGCCACCCUCAUCAAGGACCUGAGCUCCGAUCCUCGCGUCGAGUCUACUAUCGAUGUCGGCCCCAAAGCCUCUUCCGACAAGACGGCUUACCCUCACUAUGCUAUCGCCGCUGCCGAGUUGGUUGCUCGCGGAGAGGCCGACCGCGCUAUCCUCAUCUGUGGUACGGGCUUGGGCGUCGCAAUCAGCGCAAACAAGGUCCCCGGAGUGCGUGCCGUGACCGCCCAUGAUAGCUUCAGCGUCGAGCGUGCGAUCAAGAGCAACAAUGCGCAGGUCUUGUGCCUUGGGCAGCGUGUUAUUGGCAUCGAGUUGGCCAGGCGCUUGGUCAAGGAGUGGCUAGCUUACGAGUUUGACGAGACCUCCGCUUCAGCCGAAAAGGUCCAAGUCAUCUCCGAUUACGACACCAAGAUGAACGGCGUCUGCGCGUAAGCGGGCUGUCGACGAAUGGGAAUAUUAAUUGCGGCGGCAGAAUCAGAAUCAGCUGCAUUAGGGCAGGUUUCCAAUUGACGCAUCAAGACUUUCGAGGUCAAG